AUGAGUACCGCUCACGGAGAACCUGCAUACGUUAUAACUACCGCCCGUUCGCUCGGUGGACUCCGUACGACGUUUCACAGUGCCUCCACGGGCUUUGGGGAGAAGGGCGUUGAAGGAGUUGAGGGUCGAGGUCGACUUGUUGCGACCUUGGCGAAGAACGACAUGCUACCUGAUACCGUCACUUUUUAUGCAAGGGAUGAUACGAGGAAGGAAGAGAAGCUAAGGGCUGAGAAGUGGCUGAGCGGGAAGAAGGACGAAACCUUCCCAGCAUCCUUCGAGCAUGCAGGAACAACCUUUACCUGGUCUGCCCGAGACCCCAUCAAGGCCCGCUUCGGGCCGAUACAUCCGGCUCUAUUACUCAUGUCCUCGAACACGAUCGACGCGCUCGCUUGGUACAUGCCUUCGAAGGGGAGGGGGGUUUCACCACAGGAGCGCGCAGGCCUUCAGCUCAGCCCAGCCAUAGACACGGACGAUGUUCUAUGCGUAAAGGUGUUGGUUUCAUGCGUUCUGGCGCUGCAGCGCUGGUUGGCGAAGCAUCGCGGGCCUGCUACGCUCCCUCCCGAGGCUGGUAUACAGAGCUGGAUGCUCACGAGUACCUUUGCGGGUUAG